AUGGCCUGGAGAUCUUCCACCAGCGCCACUCCAAUGCACUUGGAGAGAAUGGUGGUUCGACAGAAGUUGCGGCACCGGUCGAUCUCCUCGGAAAGCAAGAUCUGGUGGGCAAACCGGAUGGCGCAAAGAAUGACGCCCAAAAAGUUGGGGGCGAUCUUCGAGGCGUCGGGGCUUCGGCUGGCCAAGUGCUGGGCGUACAGAUCUAGAAGAGCGUUUCGGGAACUUGGGUGCACCACACGAAAACCGGGGAAAAUGCGGAGGAAGAACAAGUCCACCAACUUGCCCACGAUGGGCAACGACGGGAGCGGCCACGAGGGCAGGGAAAACAGCACGUUGCGGGCGUUUUCAAGCAGAAUCGCCAGCGCAAGAUUCCGCUCGGGGCUGCGGUCGGAGCCGGUCCGGUCGGCCGAGUCGCUGGCGUGCUGGCUCAGGGAAUCUGAAGAUGUGGUCAAGGAUUCGACGCUAAGCACGCCCACAGAGCUGAAGGUGUUGGAAAUGGUCGAGGUCUGGUUCAAGAUGAGCUUGACUUUGGACUUCAAGUCCUUGAGCUGGUCUGCCAUCACGCGAAGCUCCAGAAGCGCCGACUCCUGGUUGCCUUCGAUCUUGGCGUCAAGCAGCAGAAGCUUGUCUAGCAUGGUGUUUCCGUAUCCGACAGGAAGCCCAGGUUUCUGGAGCGCCCGAUACUUACACGUAAGGCCGUUUCGAGCGCAGUAG